GCCGUUUCUGUGAAGUGAAUAUAUAUUCCAUUGUGUGGUAUAGAAAAAAAAUGGCUUAUUGAUUUACAUAUCGCCUUAUUGUUGAACACCGGUCUAUUGUAUAUUGCGUGCCAAAAUGAGGGCAUUAGAUAUCCAUGUCGGUCUAGUGCUGUUAAUUGCGGCUUCUUCAUUAAAACUACUCGCUUCAGCAGAAGCAGUGUCUAAAAAAGAGCUGACAAAUGACCCAUUAAAGUUCAACAAAGAUGGCACAUUCCAUAUUUCCAUCUUUGGUGACCUACACUUUGGAGAAAAUGCAUGGGAUCAAUGGGGUCCUCAACAAGAUAUACACUCUGUCAAGGUCAUCCAAAAGGUCCUCGACUCGGAUCGACCAGACCUAGUCGUUUUGAACGGGGACCUCAUCACCGGAGACAACGCAUUCCUCGAAAACUCAACUGCAUACAUCGACCAAAUCGUCGGUCCAAUGGUGGACCGUCGCCUGCGCUGGGCAUCCACAUACGGGAACCACGAUCAUCAGUACAACCUGUCCGGGAGCAGCAUCUUGACGCAUGAGCGUCGGUACCCGGGCUCGUUGACGACAAACAUGGUUUCCGACCCCGAGGCAGGCACCAGCAACUACUACCUACCGGUCUACGGCGCAGACUGCAGGCCUCCUCGCAGGGGUGGCGAAAGCCACUGCACCCCAGAAAUGAUCCUUUGGUUCUUUGACAGUCGCGGCGGCUGGCGUUACCAGGAAAUGGACGAGGAAGGCAACCUGGUCGGGCUGGAGAACUGGGUGCAUGAAAGCGCCGUGGAAUGGUUCCGCGCCACACAGAACCAGCUCAGGGCCCGGUUCGGCGGCAAAGUGAUACCGAGCCUGGUCUUCACGCACAUCCCCAUCUACGCGGCCCAUGCACUGCAGACGGAGCGCGGGAGGGACUCGGUCGACCCCCGUCUCCAGCCGGGCAUCAACGAUGACUACCCCGUCUCUCCGCAGGCUCAGGGGUGGUGCCCGGACGGCCGGGACAAUGCGGGGUGUGCGUACGGCGGCCAGGAUGUUCCGUUCAUGCAGGCGAUGGUGGAGACGCCGGGGGUGAUGGCUAUGUUCUUCGGGCACGAUCACGGCGACACGUGGUGUUACAAGUGGGACCGCCUGGUGCCGGGAAUGACCGUCGAGGGCAGCGGCAUCGACCUCUGCUUUGGGCAGCAUUCUGGAUAUGGGGGUUAUGGCAACUGGAUUCGAGGUGCGCGGCAGGUGUUUGUGACUGAGGAUAUGCUGCAGCGGAGAGAGGUCGAGACGUGGAUUAGGCUGGAAACGGGCGAUGUCGUGGGUUCGGUUAUUCUCAACGCCACUUAUGGGGAGGAUGUGUAUCCUGUCACGCCCAACGAUAUGACAUAUUGUCCGACUUGUUAGAUAAUAAAGAUUUAAGCACCCAGUUUUCUUUCACAUUUUUGUGUUGAAAAACAAAACAAGAGAAUGGUGCCGUGCGAAGCACAUGAGAAAUUCCCGGAGAGACUUUCAUUGUCUCAGACAUAAGUACCCAAGUAGUCUUGUUGUCGCUACUCCAUGAUUGGUCUUCAUCACCUGGCGUGCGGUACGUGAUGAUGCCCCCAAAGUGUUGUCACAUUCAAUGUUUUGUGGUGGGUGUAAUUCUCCCAGUCAGCUCUCGGCCAGCAAGUCUAGAGCGAAUUUUCCUUUGCUGGUAUACAAAGUUAAAGAAGUCAGAAAAUAAAGUACCUCACUAGGUAGGUAGCAACCCACAUAAUCAAAUACGCAAGCCAUGGCUGCAUCCCUUGAAGCAC